AUGGCCGAGUACCGCAAACAGGAAUACCGUCCCCAUGGCCCCAUCGAGGAGUACGACAGCCGGGUAAGAAGCGGAAGGCUGAAGAAUGACGAGCAUCAGCGGACUCUCGUGCAAGCUCUGCAAGAUCUACACGAUGCUCUACUAAAGUACAAUCCCCCCAAAGUCGUGCAGCCGACAAUCGAGUCUCUGCAGCCGCCAAAGAAGUCCUUUUUCGGCUCCAUCUUCGGCGGCGGCAGCAGCGGCGAGACGCUGCAGUUGACAAUGCCGCCCAAUUUACCGAAAGGACUGUACAUGUACGGAGACGUCGGCAGCGGCAAGACUAUGCUCAUGGACUUGUUUUACGACACUCUGCCCGAGACAAUCCAAUCGAAGACACGCAUACACUUCCACAACUUCAUGCAAGAAGUACACAAGGAGCUUCAUAAGAUGAAGAUGACCCAUGGAAACGACAUAGACGCGAUACCCUUUGUUGCAGCGCACAUUGCAGAGAAAGCGACCGUUUUAUGUUUUGACGAGUUUCAGUGCACAGACGUGGCAGAUGCGAUGAUUUUGAGGCGGCUGAUAGAGAGCUUGCUAGCUCACGGUACGGUGCUAGUCACAACGAGCAAUCGACAUCCGACGGAGUUGUACAAGAACGGCAUCCAGCGGGACUCCUUCAUACCUUGCAUCAACUUGCUCUUGGAGAAGCUGAGGGUCCUCAACUUGGAUUCCACGACGGAUUACCGCAAAAUGCCAAGACCAACGUCAAACGUCUACCAUCACCCUCUUGAUGCGAAUGCGAAAGACCAUGCGGAUCGUUGGUUCAGUUUUCUGGGGGACUUCAAAGACGACCCACCUCAUCCGGCGACGCACACCGUAUGGGGCCGCCAGAUCGAAGUACCGCGAGCGUCUGGCCGAGCCUGCCGGUUCACUUUCCAAGAACUUAUGGGCAAAGCAACCGGCGCUGCCGACUACCUCGAGCUUGUGCGCAGCUACGACGCCUUCAUCAUCACGGACGUGCCUAGCAUGAACAUUCGCAGUCGAGAUUUGGCGCGACGCUUUAUCACCUUCCUUGACGCUGCGUACGAGGCUCACGCCAAGCUAGUGCUUACCACUGCCGUACCGCUCCCGCAGCUCUUCAUGAGCAAAGACGAGAUUGGCGACGCCCUUCAUGCCGGUUCAAAGGCAGGCGUGUCUGGUGCGAAGAAGGCGAAAGAAGGCGGCGCGAACGUGAACGACGCGAUGCGGAGUUUGAUGGACGAUUUAGGCAUGAACAUGGAGACGCUGAAGUCGAGCAGCAUCUUCACUGGCGACGAGGAAGCAUUCGCAUUCGCGCGCGCCUUAUCACGACUCAGCGAAAUGAGCAGCCAGGAGUGGGUGGAGCGCGGGAUGUCAGCAGACAAGAACCACGGCAAGAUGGACGCUGGAGCGCUAGAGAGCAGCCAACAGCAAGCCUCAGCAGCAGCAUGA